AAUCAAAUAAAGCUUUGGAUUGGUGAAUUUGAUUCUGAUUCAGAUUCCGACAAUGGUGAUCAUGGAAAUCCGUUGUUCGAUAUUUCUAGUAAAGGCGAAUUCAUCACCCAUGACUCAAUCUGCCAUUCUUCAACAUCCCAAUGCAUAUUCAAGAUUACAAAUGAUCUGGCGUUUUUGCUAACAGUUGAAACCAGCUAUGCUCGACAUUUAGCAGGGAACGUGCUUGUAGCCAUAUCCGAGUUCGUGGUAGCAUCUGAAAGCUAUUGGGAAGAGUUUCUGCAAUCCCUAUUUUUUUUCUUCGAGCUAAUAAUCUGUAAAGCGGUUUCACCAUCUUGUGAUCCACCACCAAAGAGAGCCAAACAUCUGGAUUGUGAUUCAUCGGAUUUCAAGUUGGAUUUGCAGUCACUUUCAAGUAACGCAAGAUGGUAUUCAGUGGGAUCUAUCGUAUUAGUUUUACGCAAUAUUCUGAAACAGCAGAAACAUGAAGAAGAUGAUGAAAAUUUGGAAGUUUACUUGAAUGCCCUUGGUUCUUGUCUUCGAAAUAUACCAAGGGAUUUCAUUGAUAACGUCGAUGAAGCGAGCGUUAGCUUUUGUGGAUAUCUUGUUCAGUUGUUCUGUUCUGUGGUUUCACGAAUUGGCUUAUCGGAAGCUAUGGCUGAUUCUGUGGGAAAAAAUGUUGCUAUUCAAGAAAUCUUUAACGUCUUUCCGAAAAUUUUAGCUUGGUGUCUUGGCAAGCCUGGGGACUAUCGUAAUUAUACGGGUAUAUCUCAAUACAUUCGACACAAGAUUCUGGUACUGAUGAUAAGGCUUAGUUCUCUAGUCCAUCUAGACUGUAAGAUGAUUAUUUCAUGGUUGCAUCUUAUCGAUAAAUACUUCCAAGAUCCGUUAUUCGAAUCUGUAACUCAACCACAGGCUGAUCAAGACGACUGCCUUCAAGAUUCGCCAUUUCUACCAUCUUUUGAUGAUGUAGAAUACAAUGAUGGUUCUCAUCGGCAUUUAAAAAGACGGGUUGUUUUCCUUUACCUGAAAUGUGCUUUCGGUUUGAUCAGAUUGAAAGAAAGACCAAAAAUGCAAUGUUUAUGUGGGGAUGUGAAUUCUUGCUCAAAGAAAGGAUUUGCAGCAGUUUAUGAAUGGCUUGAAAAGCAGCUCCCUGCAGAUACCUUUUCGAAAUCCGAGUUGUAUAAUGAUAGAUGCAAGAGGUUCACAAAGUCUUUCCUACAACUUUAUAUGCAUGAGGAUGAUAUGCUAUUUGAAGUUCUCUUGCAGCUAGCGAACAUGCCAUUUGGCUGCGAGCAACGGAUUGCUGAAGAGUGGACAUCCAUGGUGGUUGAGAAGAAUAUCCUUUUACUACUGUCGGAUGUUUUCGAUCCUGUACACCUAUUCCAUCUAUUUCUUUCAAACCUACAUUACGAUCACCAGGUGCUUCUCGAUUACCUUAUCUCAAAAGACACCGGAGCCAGCUGUGCUGAAUAUCUUUUAAAGUGCAUUCGUAUCGUAUGCGAUAAAUGGAACUCCUUUCUGGGAUUUCAAGUUCCCAAAGAAGGUGGAAACCGAUCUUCUUUCAAACGAAGAAAAGUUACGAAUGAUUCAUGCGUUCAUCAAGAAUCGUCUUCAGAAUCUGUGAGUGACGAGAUUCCAGUUUCUUCCAAAACGGAUCUUACGAAUCAAGAAACCUGUAAACAACCGUUUUAUGCCGCCAUUGACUGCUUGCUUCUGCUAAAGAAAUCCGUAGAGAACUUACACCAGAAAAACUUGUUCCCGUAUAAUCCAGAAGUGCUCUUGCGACGUUUAACAAGAUUUCAGGAACUUUGCCAAAGCCUGCACUGUUAGCCAACAGACCUUCAACGACGAAUUGUCAGAAAACCGUUAGUGAAUGGUCUAUCGGAGAUCCCGUCACUGCUUGUUUUUCCGGGUAAGAUUUUCCAUCAAUACCAACGGUUCUUGACGGAUGUAUCUGUCGCUAGAAAGUUUUAACUUUGGAAAAAUGUAAU